UGGAAAGAUGGCGUGUGGCAUGCUGGUGCUGGUUGUUCCGCUGUGGCCGUCCACCGGCGGACUGCUCCGAAACUGUUUGGAGCGGCUGCAGCGGAACUUUCUGCAGAGCCGACCAGGCUUUCCCAGCCCUCCUUGGGGACCAACAUUAGCAGUCCAGGGCCCAGCCGUAUUUGGAGAACCGGCAAAUGAUAGCAGUGGAAGUAAGGAGAUUUCCAGUCUUUUGGAUAGUAUCUUUUGGAUGGCAGCUCCCAAAAACAGACGCAGUAUUGAAGUUAACCGGUGUAGGAGAAGAAACCCUCAAAAGCUUAUUAAAGUUAAGCAUAAUAUAGACAUUUGUCCUGAAUGUGGUCACCUGAAACAGAAACACGUCCUUUGUGGCUAUUGCUAUGAGAAGGUGCGCAAGGAGACUGCAGAAAUCAGAAAACAAAUAGGGAAAGCGGAAGGGGGUCCUUUUAAGGCUCCUACCACAGAGACAAUGGUUCUGUACACGGGGGAGACACCAGCAGAACAAGAUCAGGGCAAGAGGAUCAUUGAACGAGACCGGAAGCGACCAUCCUGGUUCACCCAGAACUGAUACCACAGAUGUUUAAAGAGGAUAACUUCACAGUAAAAUACUCUCCUGAAUGACAAAGAUUUUUUGUUUUUAUGUUGUUUUAUACUUGUUAAUGUUUUUAAAUCGUCAGUAUGGUUGAAAUCAUUCUUUAGAAGGAGUUAGUUUUGUAGGGGAUAAUUUGAAGAAUAUAUCAUGAAUAAACUGUCAAUGUGCAGUCUGUACACCAUAAGGCUUUAAGUAAGCGUAAAACUUCUAGAACAGAAAAAUAAAUAAUUUAAAAUUCAUAGCAAGAAUUGUAUUUGCUCUGGUUUCUGCUUAUCGGUGGUUUUUCUUACACAGGAAUACUCACAGAUACUUUAAGUAAUACCUGGAAAUAGGUUAUUGCUUGAAUUCUCAGUAUUAUUUUUAAAGAUUGUAGGUGUGCCAGCAUGAAAGGCUUUGUUCUGGGGUUUUUAUUUUGUUUUAUUUUGUUUUAGUGGAGUGAUCGUUUUAUAUGUGGUAAGCAUAUAUGUAACAAAAUAUUUGCCACUUCAUUGUUUUUUACAGGUACAACUCUGUGACAUUAAUUACGUUCACCCUGUUGCACAACCCACUGUAUAUGCAAGUGUUGGUGUUAAUUUACUUAGAUGAUAGAAAUAGUUCUCAACAUUUCAAGAAAUCAAAAUGAUGUUUAUUCACAAUUUAUUAAGUGCUUCAUGAGAUUUAUAUUUUAUAGUUGUUGAAGAGACUUUUUUUAGUAAAGGAGACGUGAGCGAAUUCAAUA